UUAAAUAUACUACGACAGUAGAUUGAAAACUUAAAAAACCGCGUUGUACUCAUUUGCAGCGUUUCAGCUAGAGUUUAAAAAAAUAUGUUUGCUGCGUUACACUCGUUCGCGAAGAAUAUAUCCCAUUUUCAAAUCCUCUAAAGCAAUGCAUUUAUAUUUUAAAAGAGAUUUUAGAGAUGAAAAUAAGUUUGCUUCUGAGGCAGCAUAUUUUAUUGUUAAACAUGGUUUUUCAUCUUUUAUGUCUCAGUAGUAUCUCUGGUGAUUUGGGAAGAGUUUACGACGAACUUGGUGGGCGUUCAUACCAUUUGAAACGAAAAACUAAACAACACGUUCACAAUAAUCAUCAUUUAAAAGGAAAAAACAUUUCAACCACUCCACGUGAAACAAAAAAUAGGGAUCAGAUUAACGAGAAUGAUCACAGUUAUUCGUUAAGAAGUACGUCGUACGCUUAUAUAAUGGAAAUGGAAUUAGGAACACCUGCACAAAAACUUGAGUUUUUAAUUGAUACUGGUUCAGCUAACAUGGCAAUCGCAGGUCCCGAAUGUCGAGAUGAACACGGAGUACGUUGCAAAAUUGAAAACUUUUACUUUCCUGACAAAUCGUCAACUUCUCAAAGAAUCGGCCAUCCUGUUGAAACUGAAUACGGAAAAGGUUCUUGGUCAGGAGAUGUUUAUAGAGAUGUUGUAAGUUUUCCUGGCGGCCCAAGCAUUGUUGCCGAAUUCGCUGUAAUUAAAAACGAAAAAGAAUUUUUUAUUAAAAACUCAGUAAAUGAAGGAAUACUAGGUUUAGCAUAUAAAUCUUUAUCAUCGAGUCAAAUAGAACCGCUAUUCGAUCAGCUAGUGUUUGAAAAGAAAGCUCCUGACGUAUUUUCAUUAUCUUUAUGCAAUGGUAACGGCCGUUUUUGGUUAGACUAUCCUAAGCCAAAUGAAUAUCAUCAUCCGAUAUAUUGGACUAGAGUUAUUCAUAGGGCAUGGUAUACAGUACGCAUGACUGGAAUUGAUGUGGCUGGAGAAAGUUUAGGUCUUUCUCCGUACAGUUAUCCUCCGGCCAUUGUCGAUAGUGGAACUACUGAUAUACUAUUGGAGCCUGAAAUUUAUAUAGCAGUGAUUGCCAUGCUUAAAAAAAGAGGACCGCUUGUUGAUCAGCGGUUUUGGAACAAUUAUUGUGUUAUUACAGAUCCUUUUAAAUGGCCUUAUAUAACUAUUUACUUAAAAGACAUGCGAGGAGGUUCCUUUGCAUUAACUGUACUUGGAAAACAUUAUGUUCGGAAACAAGACCAAUUUUAUUGCUUGAGCAUUGGUGCAAAGCAAUUUGGAGCUGUUUUAGGAGAGGUGACUCUUGAAGGAAAUGUUGCUAUUUUUGAUCGUGCAAAUCAUCGUGUAGGAUUUGCUCCAAGUAACUUAACUGAUAUUGAAAGCGGUGCGGUUUGCGGAAACCCUGUCAAUAUUAAUACUACGGCUUCUGGCACGUUGCAAGACUAUUGUACAGCGCAUUUUAUGCCUCGUAUUAGUUGCCAUCGAACUUGUGACAUGUGCAUAUCACAAAACGGUGCAUGGUGUCCCAAAGGCAGCAUAUAUUUAUGGAUUAAUGGAGUUAAAUCUUCUUUAGAUGGGUCGCUCGGAUUUUGCUGGUUAGGUAACUUAUAUACUUUAGAAUCAACGCGCUACCAAACGUAUUUAGACGGUCAUGGCAGUGUUGAAUUUGAAUUAGAAUGCUUUUCAAUGUUACCCAUGUACAAACAAUGCGUGUUAAGAGGAGAGUGGCUUUUUGCUAUCAUUAUUGUAGGCGUUUUCACAUCAUCAAUUUUAUGCUUAUGUCUUUGUUGCAGAAAAGUUUAUGAAGUUGAUGCAAGAGAACAACAUCCUAUUUAUAACAAUGCUAAUCAAAGAGAACAGUUUCCAGGUUAUAAUUCGUUGCAUGAUCGUAACUUUCGUUAGCUCCUAAUAUAUGCAACAUGUUACUACAGCAUGUCGAAAAUGUUUUACUCAGGUGGAACUUGUAAAAAAAAGUUAUUCCACCAAAAAUAUACUUGAUUUAGUAUUCAGAGUUAUGCACAAUUACUUAAGCAUACAAAUAUGUGAAAUGAUAUUUGGAAUAUGUGACAGAACGUUAAAUAUUUGGAAUAUUUGAAUUAAUUUAGCCAAAACUGUCAAUAAAAUUUCUUAUAAAACUUUUAAUGUUUAAUAAAGCA